AUGCCUCGCAUUGACUUUCAAAUUAUGUCCGAUCUCCAUUUGGAAACUCCUCUCGCACGACCAACAUAUGACGAUUUUGCAGCGACUAUCACACCGGAAAGUCCCUGUCUGGCUCUUCUAGGAGAUAUCGGCUAUGCUUGCGACCCUCGUCUUUUCAACUUUCUCGAGGACCAGUUGCACCACUUCCAAAUUGUCUUCUUCCUGUUAGGCAAUCAUGAAGCUUACGGAACGUCAUUUCCCGCAGCGAAGGCCCUUGUGGAAAGCUUUGCUGUUCGAACUGACGAAGUACGCUGUACCUCAGAUAUUGGCAAAUUCGUUUUUCUUGAUCAGACAAGAUACGACUUUGAAGAGGGGAUAACAGUCCUGGGUUGCACACUGUUUUCUCGGAUUCCAGAACAGCAGGCCGAUACGACCAAAAUGUUCGUCACAGAUUUCUCUUCAAUCGAAAAUUGGGCGGUCUCCGACCACAACAAGGCACAUGAGAGUGAUCUAAGUUGGCUCAAUGCACAAGUCGAUGCUAUCAUGGCAAAGGAGCCGGGGCGAGUAGUGGUCAUAUUCACGCAUCAUAGCCCAACGCUGCUUGAUAUGGCCAUGGAUCCAAGGCACAAGAAUGACUCUGCAAAAACAAACUCGGCGUUUGCCACAGAUUUGUCGGCAGAAAAAUGCUGGCUUAGUACCCAGGUCAAGCUGUGGGCUUUUGGUCAUACACACUUCAAUUGUGACUUUCAAGACCCACGUACCACAAAGAGGGUUCUUACAAAUCAGAAGGGAUAUAGCAGAGCGAAGAGCAUUACCUUUGAUGUGACGAAGACUGUUUCCGUUGAAGCUUCCAUACCGUCUGCUCCAAUAGGAGUCUCCGAGAAGGAGGAUCAAGAACCUCAACGUAGCAGGUUUCGUCACAGAAACGGACGCCAGAACCGUCAGAUCGAUAGACAAAUCAAGUGUGGAUCUUCUUAUAGUUCACUCCCUGGGUAUCCCGUUUCACAUUUCGUACGUGGGACUUGGAGGCCACAUUCUAUUGACGAUAUCAAUGCCGGAGCACAGAUAUUUUGCUCAUUUCAUCAGAUAGGAUGUAUAGGAGUCUACCUGAUGGGUAACAAAGCAUCGAAGAUCAUAGAGCGCCACCAGCAGGGCGACUAUCUCAAGGAACCGAGUUCGUUGCAUCAGGGUCCCGAGUUAGCUGUCGCGGAUAAUGGCCUACCAGCCCGUCAAGAUAAUCGUUACAAAGGCUCCUUCCUCUUGACGAAGCAGGGGAUCCAGAAUGUCGUAUGGCUAGAAGAUGUUCUGGCACUGCACGGCAGCAAUACCACCGGUUGGGACCUUGCUCUCCUCGUUGAGGAUCCGCUUGAGGCAGCGACCUACCUCGCGAGUUUCGGCUAUCAUCAGACAGCGCCGGAAGAAAGAUUUCAGUAUGAGCAAGAUGUUACUGAACACAGCAUUCGUGUGAUACAAUCAGCAUCUAAAGAGACAGCAGUGACCCUGCUGCCAGCGCAACAUUGGUACUUUGAUUUCCAGCACCAGGGUCAGAAUUCUCUGCCACCACUCCACACUUUUCUCGAUUCCGUCAUGGAGUUCUGGCUGAAAAUCUCCUCUAAGGACUACAGUGAGCGCUUGGAGCUGGCGCUGUAUAUAGCGGAUUUGAUAAGCCAAUGCUACAAUCUCACAGAUGAUGACGAUGUCAAAGUCAGAUCAACCGAAUAUGGAGAAAAGCUGAAAGUUGAACAUCGUGAGCUGCAUUAUGACAUUGUGGCUGGCAAACAAAGCUUCAACCACACCGCUCGCCAUCGGUACCAUGCGCAAAAGUAUAGAGAAAUCAAAGCUGGGCUAUUCAAUCCUGUGCCAUACCAGAAGAAUGGCUACAGACCAAAUUUAGGAACGCUCGAAGAAUGA